CUGCCAGACAAGGACAAGUCCAAGUUGAUCUCUAGAUUUUUUUUUUUUCAAGAUCAAAUUUACAUCUAUCUAUCUGCCAACACAGGAUUUCAUGCAUACAAAACGCGUUAUAGCCUUCUCGACAGGUCGCAGCCGUUUAUCGCUUGUCUUGGAACCUGAACCAUCUUCAGCAGUCUCUGCCAGGUUUGAGCGAUGAUUGAUCAGCUUUUGCUGACGAAACAGCUGUAGGCAAGCAAAAUCGAGAAACCUUUGCGCGCCAAGAAAAAACGCAUAUCAUAUCAACCACUUAAACGAGGGAAAUCAACGUCGACAGACUUUGGUAGCCGGGAAAAUACAAAGCGAUACCGGUGCUACACUUCAAUGGACCAUCCCGAGCCUUCUUAAUCUUUCUCGCCAAAAUACCAUUCUUCUUGUUUUUCAUCUUUAUCCCUUCCACUCGGGAUCUUUAUGCUUACUUCUUUCUGACCUGAGUAUUUCUUAUCCCCCGUUUGUUUGUCGGUACGGCGACUACGUCAUAGAGAAUUUCUGGAAUCAAAUCGUUCGUUUGCAGGAUCUCCCUCUACCGAGCCGUCUUUUUUUUUCUGGUUUUCAGUACUCAAACUUCAAUCUUUCCAGCACUCUCUUCACGAGAAAGAGCUGGAGAUCAACUCCAAACAUCGUCUGCGCCGCACUACCAAACAUCUUUCAGGCUGAUCAAGCAAGUCAAAAUACCUGAAUGAGAGGAUUCUCAUUCAUCCCAGCGCUGUAGACUCGUACUGCAGACUCGCAUUCAAUAUGCCACCUAAGAAGAAGGUGCCUGCUGUCAGCGAUGUUUCUCGGAAGCCAGCCACGGAGAACGACCUCCGCUUCUUCGAGUCGUACCUCCGCAACAUGAAGACCCAGCCCGACGUCGCCUGGGACGACGUCGCCGCCGACAUGGGCCUAGCCCACGGCGGAUCCGCCCGCGAGCGCUUCCGCCAGAUCAAGCAGAAGCUCGGCUGGGGCGUUGGUCCCGCAACGCCCAAGAGGAAGAAGAAGGCCACCGCCGUCAUUGAGGCCGAUGACAGCGAUGACGUCCAGAUCGCCGAGCCCACCCCCAAGAAGCAGAAGUCGACCAAGACUACCGCCGCCGGCAGCAAGAAGGACAAUGUCAAGACUGAGGAGACCGAGGGCGCCGUCGACCAGGACUGGGGUGGUCUUGCCUAAGGGUGUUCACUCCCUACACGCACCUUUUUGUCAUUGCCGCCUUGGAUUUCCAUCACGGGUGGGCUAGCAGAGCCUGCAGUCUCAUAUUUCAUAGCCUUCCUCGGAUCUGCAGAUCCUUCUCCUACGACUAGUCCGAAGCCCCUGGGGCCUGUGGACUCCUGAUAUCAUUGUUCAGACUGUCCUGCUAAGCCUUUCAUCUAUCGACGACCUCCACUCUUGAAUCUUAGCGUCUGUCUGCUUCCUUAUCCUACUAAUAUUAAUCUUUCCAAGAUUGAAGCUUACACAAUCUUUGAAUCGCCGACCUAUUUUCUGCUAUGAGCAGCACAGGGGCCAUCAUUUGCAUGAACUUUAAAAACAGCGGGCAAUUUGUUCCUCUUGCAAUUUCUUGAUAAUAACUUAUCUGCAUUUUACGCCACUUGCAAGGCUUUGGGCUUUAAUAAUCUAUGUGCGACAGCCCUUUUCUUACGGGGCUUUCAUGGGAUACGAGGUAGUCUUGUCAGAGGACGAGUUACUACUACUUCGUAUCAGGGCCGAUCUGACAAUGAGGAACAACUAGUAUUUUGUGACGUCUUGAGGGUGGGGUGGGUGGAUGGUUUGAGGAUCAAUGGCACCCUCGCCCAAAGGGGGGGAUUUUCUAAGCUUGAGGGGAGGGGAGGGGAGGAGAGCACCUAGACAUUUAUUUUCCUAGAUACAAGAUGGUUUCCGCCCCAGAACAAAAAGGCGUCGAGACCGAGUUAUUGCAGAUACUCAUCAAUAAGUAACACACACCAUAAACAAUUUCCAAGUGCACUAUUCAUUUUUUUGCUGCUUUUUUUG